GGCGUGCGGCCGAAGUGUAGAUACAGAAUUACCGUAUUGUUCUGCUAUCGCUAAAAACUACUUACGAGCGCUGGCACAGAUAGUUAAAUACAUAAAAGAGAAGAACAACGUUAAAUCUUAUCGACCCAUGUCGACAGAGCACUUAUCGACCGUAUCGUAGCGGGUGCAAUAGGCGCGGGGCACCGUGGCGGCGUUGGCACAUCCUUGCGGCGAGCCUCCCCCCACCAGAGCCACUUCAGCCCCACCGCGCGGCUACCUCCCCUUCCAGUCUAGCGAGCCGCGUUUCGUCUCAGUCUGUCGCGCGCCGCCAUCGAGUUCGGUUGUGUGAAUCGCGUACCGCGCGGUGGUGGUUGUUCACAUAUCCGCAAGCGUGUGUGUAGGUGCUGUGCGCGCUGGCGUGCGUACAUGCGUGUGCCUUCUACGGUGUCACACAGUGUGUACGUGCGUCUGAUACUAUCAUCGUGGCCUCUGCUUUCAACCGUUCGCACACAGAAACGGUGUGACAUCGAAGGCAUGACAGCGACGCGGGAGUGUUACCCCAUACGGUCGUGUGCUUCGUGUUACGAUAAAAACGUUAAGAAGAGGCAUCGAUUCGAAAGAUACACCGUAUGUGAGCCACCUUCGCAAACGUAGUUGACGUUACUCAUUUCGACGCCCGGUUGACCCGAUAUAUACACCGGUCUACCAGAGUGAAGAUAGUCCCGAUACGAAACUCGUCCCGUUCGAAGCCAUAACUUCGCCGUGUGCUCGCUGUGCGUAGUUCUUAUUUCUACCGAUAACCAAGCACAGAAUCAAACCAUUUGUGUGCCUGACCGAGUGACACCGACCGAAAAGGUUACCAGGUUCGAUACCUCGGAGGACUUUGCGCGGGGCGUGCACGUAAACAGGGGCUAGAGAAAAUACGAGCCGAGCGAAAUUGCACGGUGAGGUUAACCUCGCCGUUUCUGCUAUUCGACAACGACACGAACGAGGAAAAGAGAAGAAGUUAUAUACGUGCAGGUGCUGUGAGAGAGAAGGUAAAAGGGAUAGAAGUGGAAGGAAGGGUAGAAUAGGAUCGAAAGAGACAGAACGAGGGGGAGGGAAUGAACGGCCCUGGGAGUCAUCAGCAUCGCGGCUUGGGCAUGCAGGAACGUUACAGGGCCGUAGUUAACGGCGGUGCCCCGGCAGGGCCUCAUUUGCGCCCCCCAGCGCCACCUCACGCCCGCGGUGGAUGGCACCUUCAUAAUCAACACCCUCAACACGCCCAAAUACCUCAGCAGUACACCGGCAACAAGGAAUACCCGUAUCGACAGUGUUGUCCACUACGCUUCCAUAAUGGGGAUUGUCCCGGGGUUGGUACGUCUUCUGGACCAAACGGUAAGGAAGUUUCGUAUCACGGGAACGUAGGCGGAUCCAGCGUGGGGUAUAAACCGCCCCCGCAGCACAGUCCACAAUCAAGAGGACCACCGGCACAUUUUCCACAAGAGUCUGUGGGCCCACCGGCCAAUUCUCCGCCAUUGCAUAUCAACAUCUGCGGUCAAGAGAACGCGAUGCGUGGUCCAUUAUUGAACAUGAGUCCAGGCCUCGGAGCUAGCGGCGUCGAUAUGGAGUACCGUAGAAGUUCUCAAGUAACGACACGUUUUUCAGCCACAAAUCAGCUACCUCUGAGUCCUGUACAAAUUCAGCCGUCGCCGCCAUAUUAUAGACAGCCUAGUCAAGACGAUGGCAGAAAGAGCGAGUCUCCAUCCAGGAAACGUCGUCGAAUAUCGCGCAACGGCGCCGUUUCUGGGAUAGAAGUACGGGAGACGACACCACCGUCGCCCACGCCGUCGUUGCAUACGACUCUACCGUCUAUAUCGUCUCUGCCAUCCCUGCCGACGCCUCCGCCGUGGGAGUUCUCACCGGCGCCUCAAAGACGAUCGCCCCGCAAUCAUAUGUCCACACGCGGCAGCCCGACCAUCAGGAGUCGUUAUCAGCGUUACACGGAUUCUUUCGGGCUGUCUCAUCCCUUCCUGCCCGGGCACAAUUCCCAUCCGACGAUUCACAGCUCUCAUCACGAGAUCCACGGUUCUCACCACAACAUUCACAGCUCCCAUCACAAUCUACACAACUCCCACCACAACAUCCAUAACGCGCAUCAGACGCAUCCCCAUCAUCCAGCGGGCACCGGGCAUCAUCCCGCCCAAGGGGCGAACGGCCCCGUGGUCGUCGACGUGGGACAAGUCGGUGUUUCCGGUUUGGGUGUUGCCGUUAGCGGGGAACCGCUUUGGCAUCCUCCUCCGACGGGCUACAGAAUUCCUUGUCAGCUGCACAGCAUAUACACGCCGCCCUCAGCGCACCCGUUCGCGCACUCGUGUCAGGUCACACAUCACAGUCACUAUUCACCGACUCAUUCGACCCAUCCGGGUCACAGUCUAGUUGGUUCGAUAGUCGGCGCUGCAUCCAGAGGAUAUCCAACGCCAGCCGGUGGUCCUGUCGCGGCUCUUCAUCACGCCCACGCGCCUCCGCCGCCCGUCCAUACUACUCAUUACACGGCACACCAUCAGCUCUCACAGCAGCGAGAAGUUGAAUUAGAGUUAAUCGAAUCCCAUCACCACCACAGAGUCGGGGCUGCCGCGGGUGCCCCAUUACCGUUACCGCACUCGUACUCGCCGCCAGCUCUCACUCAAGUCACGACACCACCUCCCAUAUUCUUAUCAGAGACCAGGAACAACCAAUUGGAGAUGAUGCAGGCCAGAACUCGACGCGCGGCGUCCAACGUUCACACGCUCAGACGGCCAAGGUCGAACAGAUGGAGAGUCCCGGCACCGAUACCGACAACCUAUCCAGGAUUGUUGCUACACUUCUUAGCGAUGUUCAGCAACCCGCCAUUAUCCCCGUACAGCCAAGCGGAGCUGUCGUCGCCCGAUUCGGCCACCGAGAAUUACGAGGCUCUGCUGUCUUUGGCGGAGAGAUUGGGCGAGGCGAAACCACGCGGGCUGACGCGUGCCGAAGUCGAGCAACUGCCUUCGUAUAAAUUCAACGCCGAGACGCAUCAGGGAGACCAGACGAACUGCGUGGUCUGCAUGUGCGACUUCGAGGCACUGCAGUCGCUGCGCGUUCUACCCUGCUCCCACGAGUUUCAUUCGAAGUGCAUCGACAAAUGGCUCAAAUCGAACAGAACGUGCCCAAUAUGCCGCGGGGACGCUGGCGAAUACUUUGGGAAUAGCGGUACCGGUAGCGACUGACGCCGAGCUGCUCAAGUGCACUAGCGCCAACUGUCGCGGGUCUCAGGGACGCUACUUCGCACGGAGCUUCCAGCCGUCACGCUGCUGGUUUGUGCAAAUUUCUGUUGAUAAGCGUUUCGCGCCUUUUCUCUAGCCGAGCUGAACCGACCGGAGAAGCGUGUAUGUCCGUUCUCGUCAACGAUCCGAUCUCCCCUCCCCUCCCCCGCCAUCGUUCACGAAGAACGGCUACCCCUGUCGUCUGUCUGCGCGUCGACGAGGAAUCGGGAAAGAAGCAACAGAGAAACAAGAACAACAACAAAAUACAGUCAGGGUAUGAGAUCAUGUCUGGUGCCGAGAAAAGGACCGUAACGAUAAAUAAAGGUACACGAUUUUAAAUUAACAGCAUGCAAAAAAAAAGAAAAGAAUUUGUACAAGGCGGAUAACGUUGCUGCGUUUAAUUCCAUUGUUUUCUCCGAGGAAUAGAAAAGUCUGUGAGAAAGAGAGAGUAAGAGAGCGAGAUAGUGUGUAUGCGUUAACGUUAAUAAGCAAUCAACCGAGAUUCGAGGGGAACGAAGAAAGAAGGCGUCCGAGGAAGAUAUUUAAAGCCACCAUUUACGCAUUUCACGUCAGCAAUCCGGAUUCUGACUUCGUCCCGUUCGUUUGUUUUUUGUUUCACGUAGGCGCUUACGAAUUUACGGAAUCUAACGCUCGUUUGUUGUUUGUGUUGCUAUACUUUUUUAUAUAUAGUAUCUCGGGUUUGUGUACAUAAUUACCUGUAUACGCGAUUACUAUUGCCACUUUCCAUUAACGUUCCAAGUUUUUAUUAUUAUUAUUAUUAUUAUUAUUAUUAUAUAUUAUAUAGUUGUCUUUCAAUCCUACCGAAUUGUACAUACAACUUUGUAUAAACACUCCUAUAUAUAUACAGUCCUAUAUGUAUACGUGUGCGACAUACAACCGAUCCUAAUGGUAAUUCGUUUGGGCGCUUAACCAAAUGUAGUGUGUAAAUUUCUUCUUCUUCUUCUUUUUUUUUAAUUUUCUUUCUCGCGAUAAAGGAGAACAACGCGCGUUAUGUCGUCGGGUUAAAGAACGAUAUAAAAAGGUUGGAACUUCCUAAACGAGUGUAAAACAGGCUUUUCGUGUAUUUUCGUCUAGACCGGAUGAUCAUAGUUUGUUACGUCGAACAUUUGUAUGUAAGUUUUUUUUUUGCUAUAGCUGCGUUGGGUGCUAUAAAUGGGUCGAGCAAACGUUGUUGGUUUGUUUCGUCGGCGGUUCAGCGAAUGUUUUGUGAAGUUGUCUGGCAUCACGAGGUCCGUUUACGAGGAUGUUUCGUUCCACCGACGCUAUGAUUCCGUGGGUUACUUGUUUUCUGUUUUGUUUUCUUUUUCUCAGCUUCGUCGUUUACCGGGAAUGAACAAUAGGGUAGAUAAGUUUUUGAACCGUUACUUAACGCGAUCGCACGGUAUCCGUAGAAACGUAGACAAAGAAGACGAAACCAACGGAUCAAAUUCAAGUUCGGAUCGUGAGAGAGAGAGCGAGAGAGAGAGCGAGAGAGAGAGAGAGAGAGACAGAGAUCAAGCUCAUCAGCAAUAGUUAUUACGCAUUAAAAAAAAGCUACGUAAUAAAGAUACAAAACUGAAUAAAAGCAACAAAAUAAUGAAAUGUAAGAAUGAAAGAUAAGAAUACUGCUUCUGUUUCCUGCGUAUCUACCUCUAAUAGAUGAAAUGAAACGAUUCAUAUUUUUUUAUACACACAUCUCAUAAACAAUAAACGUACGUACGCUAAGAAAACCAAAAAAAAGAAAAAGAAAAAAGAAAAUGAUCGAAAGGAGAGUGAGAAGGGGGUGGGGAGAACAAAACCGCCGGACAGUGGAAACGAGCAGACCGCGAUUUUGGAAUUUAUUCAAUAUUUAAAUUAACGGUUACGGAUUAAGGGUUUAAAAAAGAUACAUAUUUAGAAAGGUCCCUGCGGAGUAUACGUUAUGUAAAAUGGACAACGCCACGUGGAAAGUGGAGAGAAAUAUAUAGGAUUUUUCGCUCUUUUGGUUCCUUCGUCCGAAAGUGACGCGUUUUCAACGAUUUUUGUUGAUCAGGAAAUGCUUCCAAGUCGCCGCCCGAUUAGCAAAUUUGUUAUUAAAUUUUUUUGGGGAGAAAUUCUAUGAAAAGAGAGCACCCUUCUGACAAAGAAUCUUAAUCUUAUUUAGUUCGCGAGAACUUCGUUUCUCAAUCUCAAUUUAUCGGUUUGUCGCUUUGAAAACACUUUCUCAUACGGAGCAAGACUUACGAUCGAACGCGUGAAAUUGAAUUGUUUCGCAAGGUUUUGCGUUAGUCGGGGCUGAUAAACGAUGGAAAAAUCGCGUGGUUCCUCGUUGAGAAAGAGAUUGUGCACAGAAAAGGUGGUACGAUUUUACGUAAUCGAAUGGGGAAAAAAACGAGCGUGACGAUGUAUGGUCAUGUUUGUACCUCCUUGAUCUAUCCUUCCAUUUCUUAUUGCGUGCCUUUACUGUACUGACCGAGUGUCGGGAAACGGAGAGCUCGAGCGAAAAGUUUAAAGGGAAAAUACGCGCAACUCGGAUCUUGUGCGAUCAUCGAGACGGAGCUGUUCGAGCGACGCAACACAUUCGAACGAUUGAAGAAAACAAUACUUUGCAAUUCGUAUAACGAUUAUUUUAUUAACGAAUAUCUUCUGUUUGUUUGCUCGAGCAGCUCCGUGGACGAAUGUUUGGAAAUUCGUUUGCCACGACGUAAUAACGGGAAUCUGUAUAGGAGCACAAAAGCAAAACCACGCGACUACGUGGCCAGAAAAUGUCGCGUUAUCGCCGUGCCCACCUGUGUAACUUAGAAACUCAUCGAAGAUACGAAGUUCGAAACCCAACGAGUCCGAUAACGUUAUUUUCGAGCGUCCAGAAGCUCUGCAUAAAUUACAACAACAUUGUAUAAACUGUGAGUGUCUGCGUGCUCUUGCCAGAGAAGCGCGGACACAAAGUAAGUUCCGUGUCAGGACUUGCAGAGUUUCGAAUUUGAAGUUUUCAUUCCACAAUUUUCGUGAGGAUACUCCAGGUAGAACCCCGAUCAUAGGGAAUAUAGUCGUUUGAUUUUCUAUAUUUUUACCGCUUAUUAUAUAGUUUAACGUUGUAUCCAAUGGCGGACAAAAAUGUAUUGUCCGAAUCGUUUGAAACUUCAAUGUCUAUGUUUUCGUUUAGAAUUUCUAAAGGUGGGGCUUUCGAACUAUCGUAUUAGUACCCCCCGCCCCCCUCGAACUCUUGCAGAUCCGUCAUUGGUUGCAUCUAUUAGAUUAUUAGUUGUCAGUAGUAUCUAGCACACGAGCGUUCCACUUGGAGGAUCUCACGAUCCAGCCAUCGAUCUAUAACAGGUUGACAUGGCGCACAGCGAUUUACUUGAAAGCGAGACUCGUCCGUGCAACCACAUAUACGUAAAAACAUGUACAUUUAAAUAGCGACGUACGGGUCUGAAGCUGCGUUUCCACGAUAAGCGUCAGAUAAUGCGAGUUACCCAUUGAACGGGUCGAACAGAGGCUACCAGAAGUAAACGAUACUGCCUCGCUUCUUGCAUCUGCGUUAGGGAUACUUGCCACCUCCGUUACUGUAAAAAAUACGUAUUUAUACGUAUCCUAAAUGAGCGUUAAUCCUCGGUUGUUACAAGAAAAAUAAAGAACAGGGUGGAUCCCUGUUUGAUUGCAAGAAGAGAGACAGUAAAAUUGCAUCGAGUAAAGAUUGAACGAGGAAUGAAAUGUACUGUGCGCGCGAGAGAGGUACCAGGAGCCAUGUUCGACCAUUUUGUUUCGGUCAGAUUGCCUUUCCACACGAAGAAUGUCGCGUCGUUCGCUUAACUGCAAACGCAGCCAAACACGGCGUACAACUCGGAUCGUUAUCUAACACAAUAUCAAAAACUCAUAUAUGUGUGUAUGUGUGUAUGCAUGCGGGUGUGUAUGCGUGAAGGAGGGCAAGAGAAACGGCAUCGAAGAGUGCCGGUUUCUCCUAGAUGCGUAAGAGAACACAUAUCACAAUUUUUCCAUCGUGUCCACGCGUCUCGCACGCUCGCCCUUUUUGUCGCGUUUAGACUCGGGCGGAGAAAUAAGGAAAAGGCUCAUUUUUUACUAGCUUAAGUCCACGACAGAGUGAAAGAGAGAGUUUUGUCGAAAGGGACGAGCGUUCGAUCGGAUGGAGCCAAUACCGAAGAAGAUCGACACGAGCAUCGUCGGUGUCCAAACAACGACAAAUCGUGACCAUUUUCUUUUUUACUAAAACCGUUUCCGGGUGAAAUGUAACGGCGUUCUUGAGCGAAUGAUGUGAAAAUUGAUUUUUAAGUCGUCGAGGAGGAAGCGAAUUGCUUCGAGAUCGUCGAUGCCCGUUGUUGGUUUUACAAUUCAUACACAUCUUUCUCGGGUCUUCGAUUACCUAAGACGGCGACUAAUACUAUUUAGGGCUUACGGGCGCAAAUAUGUGACCUUUUGGCAAAUCGUUCCAAUGUUUAAUUGGAUCUACCAAUAAUUUUAUCAACGUUGCAGUUGGUUUCAUCGCGAGUCUCGUGACGCAACGAUAUUAUAGCACGAUAUUGUAUGGUAGUAUAUAGUAACGUAUGGUUCCGACUAUUGUAUAUGAUGAAGUACGAUACUAUACGACGAUAUAUGCGUAGCACAUGAUAUUAUAUGAUUAACGUACGACGAUCUAUGAUACUGUAUUCUACUAGAUAGUGCUGUACAACGAUAGACGACGUAGUAUCGAUGCUUCGUCAGACCCUCGACGAAGCCACCCGCAACGCGGUCAAUCCGUCGUGUAAGCAUCGAACAGAAUGAAAAAAAAAAAUUCGAAUCGCGUAAAAAACGAUAGUCUGUCUUCUACGUUCGAAAAUGUCGAUUUUCGGCUCGGGUGACCUUCACGCUCAUCCAACGCUCCGUCCCUCGAUACGUUUAGACUAAGGUAGCAUAAUUUACCCGUAACGCCGUACCUUAAGCACACCCCGAAGCCUAGUGUACCAGUCGCAGCAGAAAAAACGCGAUCGAUUCCUGGAACGUUCCCGUUCUCGCGCAACGAACCGCGCCACGACCACAGAAAUCGGUCGUUUUUCCCCCCGAAUCAUACGUUCGAGGAACCGAUCGCGCUAAAACAGUACCAAAACUAAUUGUUCCGACGUGUGAGUUCGCGCGAGUUGCUUCUAGACGUAAAAAGAUAAGCCCCGUGUAAUUUGUACAUAGGAAAGUAACCGUGUAUCCGUUUGUAUACACCACUGUACACACAUACGCAAUAUACGUAUGCACGUAUAUACACGCAAUUUAACCAACUAACCGAGACGACGCGAAAGUGUGUUUGAUUUUCGAUCACUCGGGGCGGAGGAAAAGGUGGUUGCCCCGCAAGUAUAAUAUUGAACUUGCGCGUUAACUUGGCUGUCGUGGCGCGGCGCCGCGACGUUGAGGCCAGCUGCGCGUUAAACUGAUUUAUGCACAUCGAAGGCCGUUGCUGAAGUAUUCAUCUUCUAAAAGCCCCGACGAACAACGCGGACGCGCCAAACGUAUAAAGGCCUUGCUAAAAUAACGAUGAUACCUUGGCCAGGUCUUUCGACCUUUAAGCUUUCACCGAGCGUGCGUGGAAAAACAGUCGGAAAAUUAUUUCAUACGAGUCUCUCCGACGGUGGAAUAAAAUUUGUUGAGUUUCCAGUCUUCGCGAUUAGAGCUAUCUUCCUAUUUAUUUAUCUGCUGGAGAUAACAGGGGGUAAAGACUUAUUUGGCUCUGGUUUCUAAAAUGUAAGGCAUUAUUUAAAUUUGUUAAAAAUUAUAAAUACUCUUCUGUUAAAAAAUUUCCACCUUCAAUUUGCGUUGUUAGAAAAACUAGAGCCAACAUUUUAAUUCCGUGUAACAGAGACUAGAAUUGAUCGCUCGGACGAAGCCCAGUGUAAUUAGUCGUUGAACACGCCCUGAAUCGGGACGAGCGUAACAAUUUCGGGCCUGAGAAGCGUGGUUUUUCGUUUGAAAUUUUUAUCCGUAGUUUGUCGGCGAUGUAAAUUUCGAAAUGUCUGGGCAACAGCAAUAAAUCAAACACGGUUCGCGAGACAGAAACAAUAGCGUGGAAGCAAUAGGGACGUCGAAGUGUGUGUUUCGAGACCGCGAUAAAGAAGCACCGAUUCUCGGCUGGAUCGCUUUGUUCCGAAGACGGGCGAAAUUUCGAACAGCAUAGGAAUUCAAAUUCGAAUCGUCGAGUGAAGUAUUUCACGUUGAACGAACGAACGAAGCUUCGCCCGUCUCCGGUUUCACCCGACGCACACAAGUACAAGCUCCGCCCCCCUAUCGCCAUUAGUUUUACGUACGCGAUUCGUUCGCUCGCGCGCGAAGAAAAUAAAGAAACGGUAAACAGUAUUCCCCAUAGCCGGAGCGGUGCUUUCUUAUCGCGGUGACUUUUUUUUUUUUUUUGCUCAGCGUUGUCUAUGUUGGCGGACCUGCGUCGAAGUCGUGCACCGUUAUCUCCGCCACCCGAGACGAAACGUUUCGAAACGAACGGCCAUAGUGGAAAGGAUCGGCGAACAGAGCGAAAAUUAGGACGCGAGAGAACGUCUUGCGGUUACGAGACGUCCACGAGCGUACAUUUCGGGACAGCCAUAAUUCGUCGGGGAGUUACAGGAUUCUCAUCGGUUUUCGAUUUGUUCUUCUUGUCAAGGUCACCUUGCAAUUACUACGCCAAGAGAAAGAAACGCGUUCCCAUUUAAGACACGCGACCUCGAUUUUUUUUACGAUACAUAUAUAUAUAUAUAUAUAAAAUAACGUGCAUUGUUUUUGGUCGUAAGCGUGAACGAGAUACGUGAAACAAACGGUUCGCAUCCAAGCUCUUCUGUUCCGCGAAAUAUCGAAAACCGAGAACGGUUUCCAUGUAACUUUUCUCCGUCGAAUUAUCGCGUUACUUGAAAAAUGGUGAAACGCAGUUGCUGAAACCUUGUACUACAUGGUUUUGUCCUCCCCAAUUGUUUAUCUGUUCUUUUUAUUUUCCUCUCUCUCUCGUCGGCGUGGCCAACGUAGGUUGAUGCCGUUAGGGGAAAAAAUUAAAUUAGCGUUAAUGUCGUCGGGAUCGUAGACGCCUGUGUACUCGGCAGCCAACUUCUCUAGCGAUUUUCUACUUUGUAGUAUGAAUUUGUGUCGCUGCCACCGCCGCUGCUGCUGCUGCUGCUGAUACCACUAUUUUCGUUAAUAUACCGGAAAUGCGUUGGACGUUUUUUUAUACACGCUCGAUUUAACGUUUUUUAGUUGUAUUACGAUAUUUAAUUUGUUUGUUAGUUAUUGUUGUUAUUAUUAUUAUUGUAUCAUUACCAUUAUUAUUAUGUUAUUAUUAACGUACGAUGACAUUGGUUCAUUAAGUUUAUCAAUAAUUAGAUUGUAAUCGCUAAUAUCGGGAACACUUUGUUAACCACCAAAACGAUACGAGUUUCUGUGUACCGGGGAGACGUUUCGAUCGUUUUGAAACGAACAAUGGCAAAACAUCGAUGCGCGUCUCCGUGGAAAGCAAACCAUUGUACAGACGCGAAGAUAACGAUGCCAAACAUUAUAUAUUAUUAAUACCGACACUACUGCUACUACUGCUACUACUACUACUACUACCGCUGCGAUUAUUCUCAUUAUCCUUAUUAUUAUUUUUAUCGCUAUUAUUAAUAUUAUCACGAUUAUUAUUAUUAUUAUUA